CAUGUCGAACGAGACUAAUGCGUCCAGCGAUUUUCUCGACUACGACAUCAACGAGUCGUUCAGCUACUUCGACUGGGCGGAACUGGCUCCCGUGCUCGUCGUCUACUCCCUCACGUUCUGCCUCGGAUUAGUUGGAAACGUCGUCAUCAUCGCCUCGACGCUCUGCCCGAGAUUGAGACCUUUACCAGCGACACCGACGAACGUCUUUCUGGGCGGUUUGGCAACCGCUGAUCUCUUGCUCAUAAUCUUCUGUAUCCCCGUGAAGGUCGCCAAGCUGUUCUCUUACACAUGGACCAUGGGCCUGUUCCUGUGCAAGGCGGUGCAUUAUAUGCAGAGCGUGUCUGCAAUUUGCUCGGUCGUCACGCUGACCGCGAUGUCGAUUGAAAGGUAUUAUGCAAUAGUUCAUCCAAUGAGAGCCCAGUACACGUGCACUAUAAGCCAGGCUCGGAAGAUUGUGAUUAUAACUUGGGUGGCCUCGUUCCUGCUCGGUAUUCCAAUGAUUUUCACACAGACACACAGAGUAGUCGGAAUGCGGGUAAUCGCCUAUUGGUGUGUCCGAGACAAUGAUGCAGGACUUCUAUGGCGUGCACACGAGGUUUACAUGCUGGUGCUCGUUCUCGUCCUACCUCUGAUCGUGAUGGCUUUCUGCUACACGGCAAUUUGCUGGGAGAUCUGGCGAGUGAUGAAGCGCCGAUACCAUAUGACGUCUCGACACGCAUUAAAUCCGAAUAAUGCCGACACCGAGUCGAUACCAAUGACUCAGAGGCCGAGCAUGCGAAACGGACGUCGAGCUUAUCGAGAGGAUGGGCAAACCGAGGAGGAAUCUCGUACGAUGAAACAGGUGGUGAAGAUGCUGGUCGCCGUGGUGGUGCUGUUCGCCAUUUGCUGGGGUCCAAUUCUCGUGGAGAACACGCUAACCGCGUACGAGUUCCUGCCACGGGUAAAGGUCGGAACGUAUAAACACCUUAAUACCGUCUUUCAACUGAUGGCUUAUUUUAACAGCUGCAUAAAUCCGAUCGUUUACGGAUUUAUGUCGAAGCACUUCAGGGAGAGCUUCCUGGCAGCAGCUUGUGGCGGUUGGUGGUUUUGCUGUCCCCGAAGAGGCUACAAAGCGCCCGUGAAGAGGCACCCCAGCCUCAGUCAGACCAGGACCACCAGUGUUAGAUGGACUUGAUUCUUUCGCGGUGCCUGGUCCACGUCGAGGCAGCUCUUUCGCAGGUAAAAAGAGAAAACAAAAAAGGGACGGAAAAAUGGCGAGGGGGUGCCAUGGGAACCGGGAGAAUCGAGCUUGGGGAAAAUGUUACACCCCCAGGCCCUUAGAUGGAUGAUCGCCUGCACUCGGGAACACCGGACCAAGUUUUAAAUCGCUUCCAGGAAUUGGCGAAUUUCUCGCGAGCUUGUGCUCCUUAAUUCGGAAGCUACAACUAGAGACGCGUUAACGCUUUUCUUAAAACUUUCCUUUU